AUGGGCUUCAAUACUGCACUAACAAGAAAGCUGGGCAUCACAGUUCCUGUCGUCCAGGGUGGUAUGCAAUGGGUUGGAUACGCUGAACUUGCAGCCGCCGUCAGCAACGCUGGAGGCCUGGGAAUCCUCACUGCCCUUACCCAACCAACCCCCGAAGACCUCCGCAAAGAGAUCCGGAAAUGUCGUUCCAUGACCAAGAAGCCCUUCGGUGUCAACCUGACUCUCCUCCCUGCUCUCGUGCCCCCAGACUACGCUGCGUACGCCCAGGUUAUCAUCGAUGAGGGUGUCAAGAUUGUCGAGACGGCCGGAAACAACCCCGGUCCGGUGAUCAAUCAACUGAAGAAGGCCAACACCACUAUCCUGCACAAGUGCACGACCAUCCGUCACGCCAAAUCCGCCGUCAAGCUGGGCGUUGACUUCCUGUCCAUCGACGGUUUCGAGUGCGCUGGCCACGUCGGCGAACAUGACAUUACCAACUUCAUCCUCCUCAACCGUGCCCGUCAGGAUCUGGGCGUGCCCUUCAUCGCAUCGGGCGGAUUUGCGGAUGGAUACGGCCUGGCCGCGGCCCUGUCGCUCGGCGCCGAGGGAAUCAACAUGGGCACGCGGUUCAUGUGCACGAUCGAGGCCCCCAUCCACCACAACGUGAAGGAGGCCAUCGUGAAGGCCGAGGAGACAGACACCGCCCUGGAGGCCCUGAAGGUGGAGAAGGAGAGCAAGUCUGGAGAGUUCAGCGACGUUGCCCCGUUCGUCAGUGGCAAGAGGGGUAGGGAGGUCUUCUUGAACGGUGACGUCGAUUUCGGAGUCUGGACUGCCGGCCAAGUCAUUGGUUUGAUCCAUGAUAUUCCCACCUGUGCACAGCUGCUCCAGCGUAUUGAGAAGGAGGCCCUGGAGUCGAUGCAGCGGAACCAGUCGUUGUACACGGCAACGCCGCAGAGCAAGCUCUAAGUGGCUGUUUAUUUUGUUCAUACAGGUUUUCU